AUUGCAGUGAACCUCUGAAGUGUCAUUAAUGAGAGAACUGCUGCUUGUUCCACGUACGGAGACAGCACCGAUACAGUAGUAGUAAUCACUAACUAAUACAAACAGUGCAGCUCUCUGUCACACACCGCAACGCCGAAACAAGGCAACGUUCCGGCCAACGGUUACUGUGUUGAGGUUUACCUUUUUAAACCGCAAUCCGCAGAUAUAACCUGCGUACCUUAUUCACUGUAGAACAGCGCGGUAGAAGCUUGGAGACCGAGCACGAUAAGGUAGAGACGCAUCGGUAAACAUUACGCGGUCUGUUUUCAGUCCAUCUUGUCUUCCUGCGCUCAUCAUGGCUUCAACGGCAACCUGCACCAGGUUUACAGACGAGUACCAGCUGUUCGAGGAGCUUGGAAAGGGAGCUUUCUCAGUUGUGAGAAGAUGUAUGAAAAUUUCAACAGGACAGGAAUAUGCUGCAAAAAUUAUCAACACUAAAAAACUUUCAGCAAGAGAUCACCAGAAGUUGGAAAGAGAAGCUAGAAUCUGCCGUCUUUUGAAACAUCCUAACAUUGUGCGACUGCAUGACAGUAUAUCGGAAGAAGGAUUCCACUACCUAGUAUUUGACUUAGUCACUGGAGGAGAAUUAUUUGAAGAUAUUGUAGCUAGGGAAUAUUACAGUGAAGCAGAUGCCAGUCAUUGUAUACAGCAGAUUCUAGAAAGUGUAAAUCAUUGUCACACAAAUGGCAUAGUUCACAGAGACCUAAAGCCUGAGAAUUUGCUUUUAGCUAGCAAAUCCAAGGGUGCUGCUGUGAAACUAGCUGACUUCGGACUAGCUAUAGAGGUCCAAGGAGACCAACAAGCCUGGUUUGGUUUUGCAGGGACACCUGGCUACUUGUCACCUGAAGUUUUAAGGAAGGAUCCUUAUGGAAAACCUGUGGAUAUGUGGGCAUGUGGUGUCAUAUUGUAUAUUUUGCUUGUGGGUUACCCGCCUUUUUGGGAUGAAGACCAGCACAGACUUUAUCAGCAAAUUAAGGCAGGCGCCUAUGAUUUUCCUUCUCCAGAGUGGGAUACAGUGACUCCUGAAGCCAAGGAUCUGAUAAAUAAAAUGCUGACUAUCAAUCCUGCCAAACGUAUUAGCGCAACAGAGGCACUAAAACACCCAUGGAUAUGUCAACGCUCUACUGUUGCCUCUAUGAUGCACAGACAGGAGACUGUUGAAUGUCUGAAGAAAUUUAACGCAAGAAGAAAAUUAAAGGGGGCUAUCCUGACAACAAUGAUAGCAACAAGGAACUUCUCAGCAGCCAAAAGCUUACUGAAUAAGAAACCAGAUGGAGUUAAGAAAAGGAAGUCCAGUUCGAGUGUUCAGAUGAUGAUUAACAACAAAACGAACGUAGUAACCAGCCCCAAAGAACCUAUGCCUACCCCAGCGCUGGAACCCCAAACUACAGUAAUCCACAACCCUGCUGACGGAAAUAAGGAGUCCACGGAAAGCACCAACACUACAAUUGAAGAUGAGGACGUGAAAGCCACCAGAUGCAUGGAAAACGCAAACUCAAAGAGUCAGUCGCAUGAAUCCGAACCCUCACAGUCCACAUCCUUCUCUGUUCAGUCUCGCAAACAGGAGAUUAUUAAAGUUACUGAACAACUGAUCGAAGCUAUUAACAAUGGGGACUUUGAAGCUUAUACGAAGAUUUGUGAUCCAGGUCUUACUUCAUUUGAACCCGAAGCACUGGGCAAUUUAGUAGAAGGAAUGGACUUUCAUCGAUUCUAUUUUGAAAAUGCUUUGUCAAAGAGCAACAAGCCAAUUCAUACCAUCAUCCUGAACCCCCAUGUGCACUUAAUAGGUGAGGACGCUGCCUGCAUAGCAUACAUACGGCUGACUCAAUACAUGGAUGGAAAUGGAAUGCCUAGAACUAUGCAGUCUGAGGAAACUCGUGUCUGGCACCGUAGAGAUGGAAAAUGGCAAAAUGUUCACUUUCACCGGUCAGGCUCUCCAACUGUUCCUAUUAACUAAACAUCAGAGGUCGCACAACCACAUUCUCAGCACAGGAUCACUCAAAAGCAAACAGUACCUGGGUGGUUACCGUUUGUCAUCAUCAUCAUCAUCUCCUUCAGUGGCCAGUCCCGCCUACUCUUGUGAGCAUAUUACUGAAUGCACGAGGUUCCAAAUGGCUGCACCUCUACUGCAUUCAUAAUAUAGAAUUUUGUUGUGCACACCAUCUGUAUGUUUUUUGUUUACACUUUGGUGAAGUGAACGUUCCAUGCAAAUAAAAGACAAAAAAAAGGGAAAAAUGAUAUAAAAGUGAUUCACAGACUAUGAGACUUUUACAUUUCUAAUUUUUGUUAUGCCAAACAUUUAAAUAAUUAUCAGUACUGUCAACACAUUUGUAAAAAUGUAUUGGAAAAUGUCUUUUAUAGAAGUGUACAAUUUUAGUUUAUUUUGACGAUCUUCACAUGCUAGUUUUGUUUAGUGUACCAAUAUUUGAAAUGGAUUCGCUGAGAAUUGUAAAGUACUUCAGCUGCAGAAAUGCUUUGUUUUUUGACAGUGAUUGCUCUUUAGUGAAGGUGCAUCUGUUGUGGGGAAAUCCAAACUUGAAUAAAGUCAACAUCAGAUCACUUUCCACUGCAGCUCUGGCCAGUCAGUUUUAUCUUUUGUUUCUGUAGCUUUUCUGGUUUGUUUAGAGGGUUUUGUAUGGUGAAUGAAAGGGUACAUAGAUUGCUGUGUUCAUACUUGUUUCUACUUACUGUCAUCAGUGUUGUUUACACUCAUAUUUUGUGUUCUGUUGAGUGUGCAUGUGUGUAUAUUCAAAAAUCUAGCUAUCUUUACAUUUUAGACCCUUUGCAGGUGUAUGGGAUUGUGAAUGGAAUACAUACUAUGAAUGCUUUUUAUUGGAUCAUUAGUUCUAUGGGUUUUUUUUAGUUUGUUUUCCUUUUGUAUUCAUUAAUUCGUAGCUGCUUCCAGGCUGAAAGGUGACUGCUGUGUGUAUAAAAGCAGGCACUGUAACGGCCAAACCCUUGUGCUAUCCACUCUGUAUUUUUGUACUAUGAUCUUGAGUUUGCAGGCUGUACACAAUGAGGAAGUAAGAUGUGUGAAAUACAGAUGAGACUUGUCACUAACCAUUUCUUUAGGCAGUACUGGAUUUAUGCAGUAAAACUGACUUCUCAAAGUGAAAAACUUUUCUAAUUUAAAUUUUAUUUAAAAGUUUCAAAAUGCUUUUGCUUUGACAUAUUUGCAAUACAGAUAAAAUAUAUAUAUAAAUAUAUACAUAUGUAUACACUUAAUCUUAUAAACCUUCCAUUUUUUAUGUACUUCCUCAAAGGCAGAUGGUCAGUUGCAUUUCUUCCUAGUGACUAUACUGCUGAACCUAUGUGUAUUGUGCAUGAUAUACAGUUUAGUAAGUCUUAUUUUUUAUUUCAUGUCUGUGAUUUGGCAGUUCAGUAUUUAUUCUAUCAAUAUAGCAAAAACUUCUCAUUUCAACAUGUGCACUGAUUACACACCACAGUGAGUCUGUAAAUGUUUUAGAUGUUAGUAAUGGAUUAUGUGGGCUGACACCUCUCUACCAGUGUUGUCACUCAAUCAAAAGUAUGUAUUGAAAACUAAACAUGUUAAUGUACUGAGCCAUGUUAUAACCUGCCAAUGACAUCUGUGAAGCAGUAACUGCCUCUUUUUUAUUUUCUUUUUGUGGACAGCUUCUGUGAACAUCAGUGUAUCUAAAUAAAAAAAAAUCAAAUUGUAGUUCUUUUUAUAGUGCAUGUGGUGUCAAAGUAUUAUCUUAUAGACAAAGCUUGUCUUCCACACUGAGCUGUGAGGAAAACGUGACCAAUCAACUCCACCACAGUCAAAAUUUCACAUUUAUCUUCUGUUUUUCUAAUGAAAUAAUGUAGUCUUUAUGGAAUACUAUAUAUAUAUAUAUAUAUACUUCUUGCCAUAAAGUGAAACAACUGAUUGAUAUAUUUAAAUAAUAAUAAAUUUGUGAUUUCUGCUGAA